UACAUUACUAUAAACCAUGACUAUGGUUGUACGAUGACUAUAAUUGCUUUUAUAAAUCUCUCGAGAUGAUUAUUGAUAUCCCGUCUGUGGCAGGAAAAUUGGAUAAUAAAUUUACUGGCAAAAUUAAGUUGGAAAAAGAUGUUUCAUUUUGCUACGAGACACAUAACAAAGGCGAAGGGAUUUCUUCUCUACACCAAGUGCAGCACUAAUAGAAAUGUUUUUAAUUUACUCUACACAAAACCAGGGGAUUCUAGUCAUUCUACCUUUCGUUCUAUUCCGACGGGUAUUUUAACCAAACGAUUCAAUGGAACAGCCAAUUUUCACAGAUUUACUACACUAUCCCACAAGACAAUCCAUCGCCAAUCCCCACCAAUCCUGAGCCCCAAACAUAUCUCCAUUUCCUGUCGUAAUUUCCAUUUGAGCGAACGUCGAACAGCGGCACCACUACUGCCUGUAAUUGGGGCAUUCUUAGCAAGAUUUUCUGGUCCCAUCAGCCAGUUAUUGAAAUUAUUGGCAGUUUUUGCUGGCAGAACAUUUCGUAAAUGGUGGAAAAAGCUUCCAGAUCAUCGAAAACAAACAUUGAAAAAAUAUUUCUUUUCACGAAAGGAACUGAUUGCUGGGAUCCUGAGUAUUUUCGCCGGUUCCUGGUUAUUUCUCUAUUACAUACAUCUCGAGGAAACGCCAUACACAAAGCGUUCUCGCUAUGUUGGCGUCACACCCAAACAGGUCAAAGAAAUUGCCGAAAGUCAGUUGAGACAAUUUCUAGAAAAUUAUGCUGAGAAUAUUCUGCCUGUCUCGCACCCUUACCACAAGAGGGUGUAUCAAGUCACAAAGAGGUUGAUCUUGGCAAAUCUAGAUGAAAUUCAUGACGAUUUGAAUUGGGAAGUAAAUGUGAUUGAAUCAAAUGAAAUGAAUGCAUUUGUUUUACCUAAUGGUCAAAUUUUUGUUUUCACUGGCUUACUACGAAUUCUUCCCGAGGAUGACUCACUCUCAAUAAUUCUGGGACAUGAAAUUGCUCAUGCUGUUCUACAGCAUGCUUCAGAGCAACUUUGUUUCGAUGGAUUUGUCAACUUGAUUAAAGUUGUUCUAUUGGCAACUAUUUGGGCUAUAAUUCCAAGCGAUAUCCUGGCAUUCCUAACACUGUUUAUUCAGAAUGUAAUAAUUGGGCUGUUCGUGAAUUUGCCUUACUCUCGAACGCUGGAAGAAGAAGCUGAUAGAGUUGGUCUCUAUUUUGCAGCGAAGGCUUGCUUCGAUAUACGAGAAGGUCCGAAAGUUUGGCAAAGAUUUCGCGAGCUUGAGAAACAUCAAGACGAACCAAACGUUGAAUGGCUUUCCACUCACCCGUCGCACGAGAAGCGAGAAGAAACAUUAAAAACAAUCGUCCCGGAGGCAUUGGCUUUACGAAAAAUGUGCAACUGUCCAGAUCUAUCAGGUUCUUCAACUACUGGUUAUGACAAAGCGAAACCAUUAACACUUUUAUCGCUUGCUGGUGUAUACAACCGUUCGCAAUGAAGACUAUAAAACUGAUCAACCAAGCACGAAGACUUCCUGUUUUGUGAAGAGAAAACGUUGUUAUGAAUCAUGUUUUACAGUUGAUUAACUGUAUUCGACACACUCUGAGUAUUUUCGGAAUCAAAGCGCUUGUGUUAUAUAUAUUCGUCUGCAAGUUCGCGGGGUAGAAACUCAGUAUAGAAAGCAUUCCUAUUUAUAUCUAAUUGUUUUUCAUCAACGUUCACAUGUUUAGAAGCCUCAAUAAACAACUGGUAGGUAGAUACCUAAAAUAGAUUAAUACAUAAAUAGACUCGUACAUAAAAGGUCCAGAGGCAAAGGGUUGUUUUUGUUAACAACAGGAAGUUCUCAACCCCGCACUGAACGAAGAAAAUCAUAUUUGUGUUGUGCACAACUACUGUAUAUGGUUUGAAACCAGACAGGAAUUCCUGGACAUCCGAUAUGAUAUCUCAUGUUUUGCACUGAAAAUGCUAUUUUACAUUCUAUUGUUUGCCAAUCUUCCCACUCAAGAAUUUCCCUACGCACAAACCUCAAAAACUGGUCUUAUCGUGGCCUUGCAUGUCUCUUGUGAUGUUUGUCGUAUGUGCUUUGUACAAGGUCAGCGCCUUAAACUAUGGCUAUGCAUGGCGAAGAGGGUUAAAAAAAUUACUGCUGUGAUGCAUUGCUGGUAAAAAGAAGGCAA